CUCAUCAUAAAUCCAGCAACUCCUGCAUUUAUGCCAAAACCAAAGCUUCUGGGUGACUGGGUAAAAUCAUGCAAUGUUUAUCACCUAAUGCCCAACACCAAACUCUCCUGGAAUGAUGCUCGAGCAUAUUGCUGUGGACUUGGCUUAAAGCUAGUGUCAUUAUACUCGCAUGAGAAGCAACUCUGUCUGAAUGAUGUUUUAAACAAGAAACCUGAUAUUUCGUUUUGGACCUCAGGAACAGAUAAUUCUUGCACGGGAUCCUACAGAUGGUGCUCUGGAGAGGUGCUAGAUUUUUUAAAACCAGAUUUACUAUGGCUGAAGAGCGAACCUAAAGGAGAUUCCUGUGUGUUUGUGCAGUACAAGGAGGAUUUUGGCGCUCUGCUCGGAACGAUCGACUGCCAGGAAGAGCUUAAUUUUAUUUGCGAGACACGUCCCGGAAGCGAGUAUGUUUUGGAUCCAAUCGUAAAGGAAUGCCAAGCAGUAAACAAAUUGAGCAGCAGAGAAAUUAAAAUGUUUUCAAAUGAAUACUACAGUAGGUUUACCUAUAGAAUGAAGUGUCACAUGUCGUGUGUACUACAACUAACCACUCUGAUGUACAAUGAAGAACAUUUCUGGGUAGACAACGUGAUGAAAUAUAUCCGAGGAAGUUUGCUCAAGGAAAUUUUUCCACGGGAGUCUGUGGGAUAUGACCCAGCAAAUAUUCUCAGCAUUAACGAUGAAAGAGCAGACCGAUUUGGAGGUGUUGAUAAUUUUCUAUCUAUGUUUGCAAUUUUGUAUCUUUUUUUAGAUCAAUUUCUAGACUCGUACUACCAGCUAAAAACGUCUGAUCCUUCCUGGUCAUUAUUCUCAAAUGAUGAUGGCAUUUCGUUACAGUAUGGUGUCUUUGAAUGUCAGAAUAUCAAUGGAACCCUUCCAAUUGCCGUUUCAUUUGAGCAGUUUGAACAUUAUUUCUACGUGAUGAAUGGGACAAAUUCCAACCUACUCUGGGAUGAAGCAUACGUGGCCGACGAUGGCGAGCUCCGCUGGUGCCGCGAACCCAACAUUUCCAUUCCAGCCCCUUUGCAGUCCGGUUUGGACAUUGUUAAAGAAUAUCCGUUCUUUUUGGUUUCCUUAGCUGGCUCCAAGCCCAACUUCCACGCUGUGCAUCUAGACUCGAAAUUUUAUGUUCUUCGAAAUUGCCAAUUGAACACGCAAUUUGCCCAGAUAUGUAUCAACACUAGAGAAUAUCAAAAUUACGUUUGGGAAUAAAUGAUUUUUAUUAAUAUGUAAACUCUAUUUAAGAAGCAAAUUUUCUACAGUUUAAAUGUUUCUCGGCCAAAUUGAAAUAAUUACUACUAUAUACUUUAAUGUAUAUAGUUGCCAUUAUUGUUGAUUUCAGUUAAUUAGAGAGGUGAGUUGGUCGGCUAAUUUUUGGUCUCCGUGACUAGCAAAAGGUUAUGGUGAAUCAGCUGCAACUUAAAAAAUACAAAACCACUUCGUACACUGUAGGUGCUCAUUAGAUAUUAGGCUGUAAUAAAAAAAUGAAAAGGUCCAAAGAAGACAUCACUUCGUUAAGACACAACAAUUGAUUAUGAAGGAUGAAAUCGCUGGAAUCAAUUACUGAUAUAAGAGAACGUACAAAAUUGCUAUUUUGCCCUCUGCCUAAUUUUCUAUAAUUUUGUGUGUCUCUUAAUGAUAAUGAAUGUGUUUUCUU